AAGGAGGGAGGAGGGAAGGAGGGAGGAGAGGGGCGGGACGUGCGGUGCUCAGGCCGGGCCCGCUCCCCCGCUGCCUUCGCCGCAGUCCCGGCCUCCCACCUGUGCCAGGUGCCCACCCGCCAUCUUCUGCCGGCUCCCCGGCGCCCUCAGCCCCUCGCCGUGUCCCGCGGCGGGCCCGCGGGAGUUGAGCGGGGCUCAGCUCGUCAGGGCGGAGCUUGCUUCUCGUCCUCGAUCCUCACGGAGAGGCCCUGACGUGUUGCCAUGGCCGAAGGAGCGGCGGCGGCGUGCUUCAGCGAGGAUGAUUUUUACUGCCCGGUUUGCCAGGAGGUGUUCAAAACGCCCGUGAGGACCGCCAACUGCCAGCACGUGUUUUGCAGGAAGUGCUUCUUGACAGCUAUCAGAGAAAGUGGAACACAUUGUCCUCUCUGCCGGGGGAGCGUGACUAAAAAAGAAAGAACAUAUCCCAAAAGGGCUCUAGAUGUUGAAAACAGUAUGAAGAAAGCUUCUGGGGGCUGUAGAUGCUGUGAGAAGCAGGUUAGAUUUUCCUGGAUGAGACAGCAUUAUAAAACCUGUAAGAAGUAUCAGGAUGAAUAUGGUGUUUCUUCUGUUAUUCCAAACUUACAGAUUUCCCAAGAUUCAACAGGGAACAGUAGCAGGAGCGAUGCAAUAUCUGGCAGUGGAGAGAUGGCCAAUAAUCAAAUCCUUCAAGGAGAAACAAGUGGACACCCAACCUUCAAAUGCCCUCUGUGUCAGGAAGCCAAUUUUACCAGACAGCGCUUGCUGGAUCACUGUAACAACAGACAUCUUUACCACAUAGUUCCUGUAAUCUGUCCCAUUUGUGUAUCUCUUCCUUGGGCAGACACUAACCAGGUUACUAGAAAUCUUGUUAGCCAUCUAAACCUAAGACACCGGUUUGACUACGGAGAAUUCGUGAAUCUUCAGCUCGAUGAAGAAGCCCAGUACCAAAAUGCAGUUCAAGAAUCCUGUCAUGUGAACUUCUAAAGUGUAGCCCCCCCUUCAUCUUACUGAUUACCUGAGAGAAAAGUUGCAUGAAUUCUGGUGGUGAUCUGAAGUUGUCUGUUGAUAGAAAUGUAUUCAGCGACCACUUUGCAGGCUUGCCUUUUCUCUGUUCUCCUAAGGACUGUUCACAAAUGAUUUUGCUGAAACUCAAACUUGACAUCUUUACUGAGAGCUCUCCCUGUGGAAUUAGGGACCUUUUUGGAACAUCUCACUGUUGUCUUGACAGACUUAACUUUUACUACUCUGUAAUGAUACCAUUUCUUUUAUUAACCACAUUUUAAUUCACCAACACCAGCUUUGAAAGUAUCUUUAGAAAGACAUGCAGAGAUGCUCUGUUGCACUGUUGAGUUCCUUCAAGUUCAGCUGUCAUCUGCAAAGAUACCUCUGAAAUGGUGAU